AUGCCAAAGGUCCAUCCGAAAAGUCGCGGCGGCGGCGGCGCUGCGGCACCCUCGCCGUACUCCAAACACUCGAGUAGCGGUGCGACGUCGAACGCGAUCUUCAAGAUGAACACGGACAUCGGCCAACACGUGCUCAAGAAUCCCGGGGUGGCGCAGGCGAUCGUGGACAAGGCGGACCUGAAACAAUCCGACAUUGUGUUAGAAGUCGGCCCCGGCAGCGGGAACCUGACGGUCAAGAUUCUGGAGAAGGCGAAGAAAUGCAUCGCGGUAGAACUCGACCCGCGCAUGGCGGCCGAGGUGACGAAGCGUGUCCAGGGGACGCCGCAAGGCAAACGGCUCGAGGUGGUGUUGGGCGACGUGAUCAAGACCGACCUACCCUACUUCGACGUCUGCAUCAGCAACACCCCCUACCAGAUCUCGAGUCCGCUGACCUUCAAAUUGCUCGCGACGAGCCCCGCCCCGAGGGUGUGCAUCCUCAUGUUCCAGCGCGAAUUUGCCAUGCGGCUGUUCGCCAAACCGGGAGACAAGCUGUACAGCCGGCUCAGCGUGAACGCGCAGAUGUGGGCCAAGAUCGACCAUAUCAUGAAGGUCGGCAAGAACAACUUCAAACCCCCACCGGCGGUCGAGAGCAGUGUCGUGCGCCUGGUGCCCAAAUCGCCGCGGCCCAAUAUCUCCUAUGAAGAGUGGGAUGGUCUGCUCCGCAUAUGCUUUGUCCGGAAAAACAAGACCAUGCGCGCCAACUUCCUCGGGACCACCAGUAUCAUGAACAUUCUCGAGGCCAACUACCGCACCUGGUGUGCCCAGAAUGACGUCGCCCUCGAAGAAGGCCCAGCGGAAGACGACUCGAGUCUGAUGGAGGUCGAGAACUCGCAGAGUAUGGCUGCCGACGCCGACGCCGACGCCGACGACUGGGACGGGUUCAUGGACGUCGACGCUGACGACGACGAUCUCCCGGCCUUCUUCAAGGAUCAGCAGUCUUCCCUCUUGAAAUCGGCAAAGGGCUCGAAUCGCAAGAGGAAAGGCAAGGUCGCUGAACUGGUCCGUGAGAAGGUCCGCUCCGUGCUGGAGGACAAAACACAGCUUGCGGACAAGCGCGCCCGAACGUGCGACGAGGCCGACUUUCUGAAGCUAUUAUGGAGUUUCAACAAGGAAGGUAUCCAUUUUCGAUCACACUGA